AUGGAUGCAGCGAGGAGGAGGGAAAUCGAGUUGCAGACCCAGACCAAGAGGAAGGCCAAUGACACCUCCUCCAAGACAUCCGGAGAUGCCCAGAAAAAGCAAAAGCAGGGUGGUAAGUCAAGGUAUGAGUACAAGCCGUCUUCAAGUCAGGGCGAGAAAAAUCCGUUGAUACGCUACAACUGUAAAAAGCCAGGGCAUCAUUGGAAGAAUUGUAGGGCUCCCCCUGCGAGUGCAGUUCCUCAUAUUACUUCUGCAGUUCCCAUCUGCUAUCACUGCAACGAGACGGGACACAAGAAGCCUGAAUGCCCGAAGUUGAAGACUGGUAAAGGAGACAGGGGUACAAAUCCUGCAAUUGCAUCAUCCUCUAAGGGAACCACUAUGGUGACACGAGGUCGUGCUCACCAGAUGACUGUGGAGGAGCCGGUGAUUACAACGACACUGGCAGACACUUAUUUGCUAGAUUCCAAGCCCGAUGUUGUUAUGUUUGAUAGCGGUGCUACCCAUUCUUUUGUAUCUCACACGUUUAUUAAUCGUUUGGGGCGUAGUAUCGGAAAAUUGGCUCACCCAAUGGUUGUCGAUGUUGUCGACAACCGCACUAUUUCUGUCACCGAUGUCUAUCGGGGUUGCACACUCGAGUUUUCUGGAGUUGAAUUCCCUAUUGAUAUUAUCCCUAUUGCGAUGCGAGAGCUCUGCGUUAUCUCGAUAUUCGAUAGAGCUUGUGUAUCAAGAUAUUUGUUAAAGAUCGUCUCUCAAUUGGCUUAA